AAUAAGUGGGUUUGACUCCAGAUAUAAGCUCGGAUGAGAGAUGAAAGCUGAAGAGAAGAGAGAAACCUUCAUCAGACUUCAUCAACGAACAGCUGAAAGCUCAAGAGUCAUGCUGAGCUUCAUUUUCUUCCUGAUCUGUCUUUUGCAUUUAAGGCACACAACGCUGGGUGUUGUGGGAGCUGUCACCCCAAAGCCUAUUAUCAUAAAUGGCACCUACAUAAACCCAGAAUUAGGCAAGUAUCAUGCCAGGUUGAGGGUCCUCGCUCGCAGCUGCAGGGAUAUCAAAGAGAUACACGGCGCGUCUCAGGAUGGCAUGUACAUCCUGACAACAGAGAGCGGUACAUACUACCAGACUUUCUGUGACAUGACCACAGCCGGCGGUGGCUGGACGCUGGUGGCCAGUGUCCACGAGAACAACAUCAAAGGGAAGUGCUCUCUUGGUGAUCGCUGGUCGAGCCAGCAGGGAAACGACCCAGACCUGCCCGAAGGAGAUGGUACAUGGGCAAACACUGUGACAUUCGGCAGCGCCGAGGCCUCUACUAGUGACGACUACAAGAAUCCUGGGUACUACGACAUCUCUGCACAAGACGUGUCAGUGUGGCACGUUCCCAAUAAUGAGCAGCUGACGAGCUGGACGUCUUCUGCUGUCCUGCGCUACCAUACAGACAGCCAGUUCCUCACAGAGCAUGGUGGAAACCUUUACCACCUAUUCAAGAAAUACCCCGUGAAGUUUGGAGCAGGACAGUGUAAGAGUGACAUGGGACCCAGCAGUCCGGUGGUGUACGAUACUGGAGACAAAGAUUCAACUGCAAACUUAUAUGGACCACCUGUUGGAAAGGAGUUUGAGUCCGGCUUCAUCACCUUCAGAGUGUUUAACGCCGAUCAAGCCGCCAUGGCCAUGUGCUCUGGAGUUAAACCUACUGAAUGCAAUCCUCAACACUAUUGCAUCGGUGGAGGAUAUUUCUCGGGCCGUCAGCAGUGUGGAGACUUCACCGCUCUGGAGCAAGCGUCUAAAAAUCUGACUCAAUCCGCCGUGCUGCUCUUCUACCGUUAACAGAUGUCAAACACCAGCAGUAAAUCACAUGCUGAGCUGAACUGUACAUGUACAAAGUUGUUAAAACAUCAGCAUUUCCUGUUUGAUGUGUGAAUGUUUAUAUCAAUAAAACUUUUUAAUACAACUA